AGAACUACACGUAGAUAUAUGACACGCGCACAACAAUGAUGAGAGAAAUAGGCCGUAGCGCGUAUCAAGUGUCCUAGUUGGAUCAUCAAUGUGUCACUUUCUGUGUAUGUUCGUAACAAGGAGGAUCAUAAUGAUUGACUACAAGAGCUUGCAAUAAAAAUCUCCCCGCUCGGUAUGAAAGAAUCAUAAAGCAGAAGCUCCAGGAAUGGCACGGUGGGAGCCGAACGAUUUUGAUUCUUGAAAGAAUUAUAGCCCUCCUGGUCUUGGUUUACAUUUGCUGCUGCAGUCGUACCAUCUAGGCGACGAAAGAGUAUACAAUUUUCGCGCGUGACACAGGAAGUAGCCCCUGAAUUUCGUUGAAGAUGCGCUUCUUCUCUGGUGGGGAUUCCUCAUCCCCCCGCGAGGAUCCGCCUGGGGAGCGCGCGCAGCCGCGGCCCGAGGAGCAGCACCGAGAGCAUAGUGCCCAGGUUAGUUUGCAACUUGUACAGCAGCAGCUGAAGGAUGUCGAGCGAGAACUCGGAUUUGCUGAAGACGCGGACUCCCUGGAGGCACUACUUGCGGCAGAUUCGACAUCAUCUGUGCAACAACACCUUCAAACAGGUAGUACAAGAUCCUCUUCGGCAAGUCAGAUGUUAGAAGGAAUAAACGUAGCGGUGUUGGGGACGGAGCAAAGGGUAGUUGUGGAACGAGUGGAUGUGGGCAAAAUAGCCAGCGAAGGGCGGCGGCAGAAGAUCGAGGAAUUGGCAGACUUCAUCCAGUCCGCCGCCAGAGAGGAAGACUGGCAGGAGCAAGAGCCAGGCAUAUAUUUUUAAGUCGGAAGAUCAGAAAAUCUGACUCACCUUUCGCUUUCCAAGAUUCCUGGAAAGAGGAUGAAGGUUCUGGGCGGCUUCUGGGCGAUCUAUUCGUCGCAAGGUAUAAAAGAACACCUCGCUUUUUCUCUUUCUCUGUACUAUUUUGAGUACGGUGCUUCAGUUGUACUCGUACAGACGUGCGCACCCACUCUGCCAGCACUCUCUCCCACGAACAGCUUCUCUUGUGAGAUCAGAGAUUCGUUUGGUACAGUUUCUGACGUUAACACGUGUGACAGGCAUGCCGCCAAGAGCACGCACAGGCGCAGGAGCUUUCUUGUUCCUCUAAUUUGUCUCCGCGUCCUCGUUACGACAGCGAGCAUUGGAGCUGCUGCUUGAGCGUGAGACACUUUUGCAGACGGAGACCGCGCUCGUGGCGCAACUUACCAAUGCGGCCGAGCCGCAGACAUCAUCGCUCGCAGCUUUCACUGAGAGUGCCUCCCUCCAGCAUCCAGCGGGAGUUGCACAAGCCGCCACUUUCGUGCCGAAGCCACCGCGAACCGCCAUGGGCGCUGAUGAAGUCCCGCAACAAGUUGUGGAGGCACAACCGGCACCCGUAGCACAAUUCAUCGUCGAUAUCGGAGAAGGAAUCGCCCUGGGUGGUGGAGAUUCUCGCGACCGAAAACUAGGAGAUUCUGGUCUCGAGCCUAUAGAGGCAGCCGUUAAGGGCCCACCGCAUAGUCAAGCCAAGAUGCUUGAGGAAUUGGCGGUCGCUGUCGAAGAAACGCAGGAGGAAGCCACGGCAAAGCUCGAAGCUUUACAGGAAUCGCUCUUGCAGGACUACAAAACUCGUGUCGCGAUGAAGGGAACGGCAACUACAACACCUCCAAAUGGAACACCACAUGAGGGAGCACAUUCUGGGAGGAGGGCUCCAGACAGCUCGUCGCAACAAGGGUAUGGAGAUGUCAACGGCAGUUACAUCAACCACGCGCGGCAGUCCUUGCACCUUUCACUCGAUUCGCCUCCUGGUGCUUCCAUGACAUCGCCGAUCGCGGGCGCCGACAUCUUGACAGCAUCAGCGCAGGCACCUCCGAGCGCAGGAGGAACGCCUGCAUCGUCUAAUGCCUCCUUCGGAGGCGCAAACCGCUUGCGCGUGCAGCGAGCAGACCGGGUUCUUGAGAUUUGUGCGCUGGCACGUCAGUGGCAAGAGACGAAGCAGCACCUCGAGGCCGUGGGGCAGCAGUUACAAACAUGGGACGAGGGAGAGGAGGAAGGAGACGAUGACAGCACGCCUCUGCCAGUCGAGGAGCUCCCAGGAGAUCAUUAUCUCCGUCGAUCCGAUAAUCUCGAUCUUUCGACAAAUACGCUGAAGCCCUUCCGCGUGGUGAUUUUUCAAGCCUCUCCUGAAAAGGGGGGUGCAGGCGUUGUUGAAACACUUCCAUUAGGGUCUACGGGAGCGGAAGGGGGCCAUACAUCACGUCGAUCGCAUCUCCUACAAGCACCGACAGCGCGGUCGCUGCAGAAGACCCCCGCUGCCAGGGGGACAGCGCAGACUGCAGCUGCUAGUAAAAGUAACACAUCCACCCUCCAACAAGUUGAGAUGAAUCAACCUGGAAGCGGAGACGGGUCUUCAAAAGUGGAUGCAUCUGCAGACGCUGAGCACGGAAAGAUCAAGUGCGAGUCUUCUUCGUCUUCUGCAUUGCACAAUACGCCUCAGCAGCAUGACCCCACGAACCUGCAGGCUGAGGAGCCGUCUCUCGGUCGAAUACAGCGCAAAUACUCGCCCCAGGCCGAGGGGAGUGCUGUAGACUACGAACCACAUAACGAUGUCGUAAGCAAUUACACCUCGGACGGCACAAGCAAGUGCGGAGGUGGAAAGCGACGAAGAGCCCCACGAAAGGGGCAGCGCGGCGUGGGUAGUCAAGAAAGGCCUCUUCAUGACGGAUCGCCGAGUGACGCGGCAAGCCACUACACGCACACUGAUAUAGGCGCGGAUCAGGUUGCGGAGGCUCGGCACCUGAUCAUCGGGGGGGCGCAGCAGGUUCAAGAGAUCGUGGCAAAAGGAGCAGAGCUCCGGGAGCACCUUUUGAGUGAUCUCCAAGAGGCCCUGCAGGAAGACGGUAUGAAUUCCGAGGAGAAAUCCGAACUCGUGGCCGCCACUCAGCAGCGACUCGAAGAUUUGGAAGGCUUUACUAAGGGUGUGGAAAAGUGUUUCGGCGGCACGCUUGAAGUGGCGCUUGCUGUGCUGAAACCUGGCACGCUCGCCGCGCCAGAAUUGCCGGAACUUGAGGAAAUAAAAGAAGAUGAGUCACUUUCCCCUCAGCAGGACGCCGAUGCGGGUUCCAACAGGGCUGAUCGUGGCACUUCGAAAGGCGGUGCGGGCAACGCCGCUAGCUCGGCUAGCGCUAGCCCAGAUGCGGUUGUACUCGAAUUUGGUAGCGACCCACGACGGGUCCAAGAGACGCCAUCUAUGCCGAAACAGCAAGAACAGACGCUAUUUCGGGCUUCGUCGACCGUGGUGCCGUUCAUGCCGCUGCUCUCGCGGCGUUUGCGCCGUCACCAGGUCCCGUCUGUCAUUCGUACUCGACUACGGCUUUCGUCGGCAAGGGGAGGGGCUGCAUCAGAGGCCGACCCGAAGCGCGACGACGCGUGGUCUAUUGCGUCAAGUAGCGGAGCACAAUCCGCACCGCCAGGCUACGAUUCGCUGCGUCAAAAGAUGAUAAUCGCAUCUGAGCAAGACCCGCUCGUGGUCUUGCGAAGUGCAGAGCAGACUGCCUCUGCAGAGAUGGUGACGCUGGAGGCGGAUGAAUGGCAGCGGACAGAACAAGGUCGAGGUAUCUGGGAAAAUCUUACCAAACUCUUGACCGAAGAAGGUGCCGCCAUUGCGCGAGAGGAACGCGAGGCGCAACUAGAACAGAUUGCUACAGCGGCUUCAAAACAAGGCGUGGCUGUUCCGGAUGAAAACCAGGAUAACGCGAGUGGCCUCUCCGUGCAAGGUCACGGCGACGCGACUGCGCCACCAUCGGCAAGCGCUUUAUUGGAUUUUAAAGUCGUUGGUGGACCAAGACCAACAGGCGGCGCGUCCGAGACCCUUGUCGCCUCCACAAACCAUCUUUCACACGCGCGGCCGGUUGCUUUGAACGUGGGGCGGUUGGCGUCACAGGUGCAGUCGCGUCGGUCCGGGCUUCUUGCGGCGCUCUUCAGAAGGGGUGUGUACGAGAAAUCAGUGGAGCAGACCGCCGCGAUGGAGCAGGAAGAAUUUGCGCGCAAGGUCGCCGAUGACCUUCGCUUGCUCCUUUCGCCGGAUCUGUGCUUGCAGGGAUGGCAACUCUGGCAGGACGACCGGCAGUGCCUCGCCGUGUUCGUUAAGUUCCUCAACAAGCUUUGGCCAGCGGAGAAGGGAAAGCAGGCGUCCACCGAGAACAAAAUGACGUCCCCAGCUUCAUCGCAUCUUCAACCUCUAAGUAGAGGCUGUUUCAGACGGCGAGGACGAGCAGCGGAUGAAGCAGAGUCUUCACUGGACGAGAUGGAGAAAGGGAACAAUUCUGCAGAGAAGACUGGAAACGAGCUGGGGGGGGAAAGUGAGGUGCACCAAAGACGCUGUCGUUGUGACAAUUGGUGCGGCUGCAGCGAGGGCAGCACUUGCUGGCGACCGUUCUCAUGCGGUCGACGUUGCCGGUCGCGCAGGAGCGGGAAGGAGAUCCUGAGUGCCGCGACAGAUAAUGCCAAAACUGUGACUAAGCCAGAGAAGAUUUUGGACUGUCGCGCCUUGUAUUUGGAAGUACUGUUUCUUCCCAGGCAGCAGCGUUGGCAGGCCUUAAGCUCCCAGCUUUCUAGUUUUCGCACGGUUGCGGGUGCAUUUCUUUUUUCCGUGAUGUUCGCAAUGCGCUUUGCCUCCGAAUUUGAGUUCGCCAGCAGCGACGAGUUCUUGUCGAACUGGUCCGCCUUCCAGGACACGCUGGCGCGAUUUGCCGAAGUCUGGGCCUGGCUCAUCGCGGUGUUGCUGCUGUUCGUACAAACGCUUUGUUUCGCCGUGGAACAGCAAUGCGCAAGGCUCAAAGAUACACCCUCCGAGGUGUUGGACUCCACGAUGCAGCAGCACACCGAACACACAAACGAAAAUAGCAACCCCAGCAAAACGACUGCAACGGCGCCUGGCGCUGCUACCAAUACCCUUCCGCACUCCACUCACAGCAGCAAGGGGACAACUCCUGCUGCUAACACUUCACCAGGUGCUUUUCGUGGCACAACUUUCAGUAGUCAACAGGUGUCGUUCCCCCAUGCUUCUGCGGCGUUUGACUACAAGGCAUUUCACUCCGUGGUUACACAGGCAAGCAGCGCCCGCCAAAUGUUCGACACUGCGGCCACCAUGCUAUUCUGGUUUUUCGUGAUGAACAUAUUCUCCAGCGUGAAAAAUUGGCGCCUCGCGGUCUGCAUCGGGAUUGGGUUUCUCUCUCUCUGGGGCUGGCUCGAGGUGACAAGAUUCGGGCUUUCCUUCGACACUUCGCCGCUGCAGGCGCUGCACUCUGAGCCCUGGAAGCGGCUGAACGCAUUUGGACAAUGCUGCAAAGUCUGGAAAUUUGCGUCCGGAAGCAAGGGAAGCAAGCGGACAGUUGAACUGACGCAAAAAGAGGUGCGUACGCUCAUUGCACGGCUACAAAACUGUGAUGAUACGCGGAUCCUACUGAAGCGGUUCUGUCCCGGCGUUCUUGCAGGUGAAGGAGCGCAAUCGACCUACCAGAAUAUGAGUAAAUAAACGACUUUGAAUUUUCAUAGUGCACCUUUUGAAGACGCCAGAAAUCUCGACGUGCUUGCUGAAGAUGUCGAGAUCUCGUUGCUAGCGUAACCAAAUAUGGGGUGCGGCAUCUGCAAGUGUACUACAUCAUAUUGCUAGGGAUAUUCUCGAACGACGAGAUAUCGUAGUCGGUCUGCGCGCAGGCUAGAAGCUAUCGACAAGGUGGAAGAAGGAGGCGGGCGAAUCCUUUCGGCAGUUGUUCUUGCGGUGGUGAAAAAGAUUAAGAUUUUUCUUGGUGCGGGGUGCCAGGUUGCAGUACGAAUUGGAAAGUAGACGCCGCUGCUCGCUUGCAUGCGAAAGCGAAUACGGGACCCACCCGCAGCUCCAUUUGGAAAGUGAAUCACGAGGCAUGGAAUACCGAGGUGCGGCGACGGACGUUGAUGACGCUUUCAGCUGCCACCGACCACUGAAGAAGGAUAGGGGGUAGAUUCGCUGAGAAAGCGCAGCGCGGAUGUAUCUCCCUGUAGACAGUAGUGAAGGAGGCUAAAACAGAGUAGAAAGUACACUAGUGCGGUGGCGCUGACGGUGAUCUGAGGCGCACUUCCAGCAACUGGACAGAGCCGAUUGUCAGCACUUGGAAGCUGGUCGAGUCGCUGUGCAGUGCUUCCUACAGACACCUGACCCUUUGCGGAUUGACAGUCGCAUAUCGUCCCAGACAACGCGGCCUGGCCGCUGACCUGCGGACCUUAAAUCCUGAACCUUGAACCUAGAUAGAACUAUGUAGACUGCACUGACUUUCCUAGCUAGGUACCACGACAAUAUGGAUACUUCACUAAAGAUAGUCACAUCUGUGUCCUUGCAGUAGUGAGAAAUAGGAUCUUCUCGUUCUCUCUGCUCAUAGGUCGUUUGUGUCUACCGGACUCUUGGAUACAUCUACUUCUUGCUGCUGUCCACUGGUGGGCCUAUGUUCUCCAAGCAGUUGCGAAAGGCAACACACGCCUACGCUU